CUAAUUUUUUUUCAGGAUAUGAGAUAGAAUCUUCCAAAAAUACGAUAAGUCUUCCCUAAUUUUUUUUCUCUCUCUUCUGUUUCAUAUAAGCUGUUAAGCUGUUAUGAAAUUUUCUAGAAUUAGUAAACUGCAAACACCAUUAAAAGCUUCAAAAGAAAAAAUUAAACAAACAAAACAGUUCAAGUCUGUUUCGUCUCCUCUAAUUCUUCUCUUCUUAAUCUCAAUCUGAGAAUGCAAGUCUUCGUAUUGUUUUCUUGAGACCCAAGUUUCAUACGUUACCUUUCUCUUCAGGUUGAAAGAAGACAAAAACAAAUAAUAAUGGCUGGAAGAAGAGUAAUAAAAGGAAAAGACAGCAAUGGUGUUACCGUCAUAGCCAUUGACAAAGACAAGAACAGCCAACACGCUUUGAAGUGGGCCCUUGAGCAUCUCAUUGUCGAUUCAUCAAACUGUAUCCUCCUCCAUGUUCAAACCAAAUUGAGAAUUGGUGAAGGAGGAGAGAACACAGAAGCACCACAUGACAACCAAGAAGAGGCUCAAAAGUUCUUCCUUCCCUUCAGAGGAUUCUGUGCUCGUAAAGGGAUUAGGGCAAAGGAGGUGCUUCUUCACGAUAUUGACAUCGCAAGUGCAAUUGUUGACUACAUCAAUAACAACUCCAUUUCAAAUAUAGUCAUUGGAGCCUCUGCAAGAAACACAUUCCUCAAGAAGUUUAAGAGCGUAGAUAUGCCAGCGACUCUACUCAAAACAACUCCAGAUACAUGUUCUGUCUUUGUCGUAACUAAAGAGAAGCUCUUAACAAGCAGACCAGCGAGUAGGCCUCACACACCUCAACACAAUCCCCAGCCUUCAAAACAACAACAACCAUUUAUAUCUAUGUCGUCUGAUCCUGGCCCCGCAAGCUUCGUUUCCACUGCAUCUGGAAGGUCAUCUUCUGCAUCAAACGGAGACCUUUAUCGGCCUACAACAACUCAUUACAAGCCUUCUCAUAACAUGAGUUCUCCAGGAGAGUUUAGCAAUGAGUUUUCUUCCAACCGUCAGAGUGUUGAAUCAAAUGGGAGUUUCUACAGCAUCCUAGGAAGAUCCACCAAUGGAGGAAGCUCCCACUCUUCCACAUCCAUGGUUAGUAGUAUUCUCACCGGUGAAAGCCUAUCUGGGGGAAGUAUUACUGAACAAGAGAAUCAGAAUCUUGAACUAGAGGUGAGGAGAUUGAGACUCGAACUGCAACAGUUUAAUGCUACCAUGGCCCGAGAAACUGCCCCUUCCGCCGAAUCUGAAAAGUUGGAGGAAGCAAAGGUAGCAAGAGAGAUGCUUAAGGAGCUGUCUGAGAUGGAUAAGCAGAAAACGCAGAGUGCGCUCCAAGCAGCUGAAAUGGCACAACGUCUUGAGGAAAUAGAGAAGCAGAAGAGAAGACUUGUGGAGAUGCAGGCCAGGUUCAACGAACAGAGCAUGGCCAACAACGUAUCCUACAGACGGUACAGCAUCAAGGAUGUUGAAGAUGCAACCGAUGGCUUUUCAGAUGCGUUAAAGAUUGGGGAAGGAGGGUAUGGACCUGUGUUUAAAGCCGUUAUUGAAAACACUUCCGUUGCCAUCAAAAUCUUGAAGUCAGAUGUCUCACAAGGCCUGAAGCAGUUCCAACAAGAGGUUGAGGUACUAAGCUGCAUGAGACACCCUAACAUGGUGAUUCUCCUCGGUGCUUGUCCCGAGUACGGCUGCCUUGUGUAUGAGUACAUGGAAAACGGAACGUUAGAAGACCGUCUCUUCUGCAGAGACAAUACUCCACCGUUGUCUUGGAGAGCAAGGUUCAGAAUCGCUGCAGAGAUUGCCACAGGGCUUCUCUUCCUUCACCAGGCCAAACCUGAGCCGCUGGUGCAUAGAGAUUUGAAGCCAGCAAACAUCUUGCUAGACAGACAUCUCAAUAGCAAAAUCAGCGACGUUGGUUUAGCUCGGCUGGUACCUCCCGCUGUUGCUGAUAGCUUCACCCAUUACCACAUGACUGCUGCUGCUGGUACGUUCUGCUACAUUGACCCUGAGUACCAGCAAACGGGAAUGCUUGGAGUGAAGUCUGACUUGUACUCAUUUGGUGUGGUGCUUCUGCAAAUCCUCACGGCGAUGCCAGCAAUGGGUUUAAGCCAUAGAGUAGAGCAAGGGAUUGAGAAAAAUAGACUGAGAGAAGUUCUUGAUCCCAGAGUAUCAGACUGGCCUGAAGAAGAGACGCUGGUGCUAGCUCAGCUGGCUUUGCAGUGCUGCGAGUUGAGGAAAAAAGAUAGACCUGAUCUUGCUACUGUUCUGUUGCCCGCACUGAGCAAGCUAAGAGAGUUUGCAACAGAGGACCAUGGCUCUGAUAGAACGUUCUCUGUGUCACGUGCUCACAACUCAGUUCCUCGUUCACCAAUAUCUUCCUCACCGGUUGGCUUCUUAGAACCUGCAGUAACAGAUUACUAAACUAAACGUUGGCUAUCUCUGAGAUCAGCGAUGAACUUGCUCAACUUAAGCAUCCGAUGCAAUCCCCAUGCCAACCAGAAGAAGGCGAUCUUGAUGAUCAUAAACAAGCCAAGAGGAAUGAAGUUGUUGUUGGUCUUUUAAUGAUUUGUGCUUCACCAAAAGUUUAUUGUUGAUCUCACAUAGUGUCGAAGUUCCUAUCUUCUGUAUAUGAAAUUCUUUAUUGUUUGGUCUCUCGUCCUUGCAAAAAUCAAGUCACCUCCUCUA